GUGCCAACGGUCGAGUAUCAUCUAAAAGACUGAAAAAUGGGAAGCAAUAGACAAAUUUUAAGAUAAGAGCAACCGAGCGAAGUAGCAGACCGAAGCAGCAGUAGCAGCCAUGGCUGCCUUCAAACACCCCCUGAACCUAACCCUAACUCUCACCCAAAUCUUAAAUCUGACCCCUUCCUGCACCUUAUCCAAGAUACUAAACCCUAAAUCCCCUCCAAAACCCUACUUUUUGAAGACCCAAUGUGCCCUAAAAUCUAUCCAUUCCGCCUCAAAAGCCCAAAACUGUAAAAAUGUUAUCCAAGUACUGGAAGACAGAGGCCUCGUAGACUCCAUUACCAGUCAAGACCUCAAAUCAGCCUCUUCAAACCCUAAUUCUUCCCCUCUUAAAGUCUAUUGUGGGUUCGACCCAACGGCCGAGAGCCUUCACCUUGGCAAUCUCCUCGGUCUCAUUGUUCUCUCAUGGUUUAGAAGAUGUGGGCAUAAGACAGUUGCUCUUAUUGGUGGUGCCACUGGUCGAGUUGGUGACCCAUCAGGCAAGAGUCUAGAAAGGCCCGAACUUGAUGAGAAAACCCUAGAAAAGAACAUAUUGGGUAUCAGGGAAUCCAUUUCAACGGUUCUAGGUAGGAGCGAGGAGAUUUUUGGUGGGAAAGAGAAAAUUGGGGAUGUGAUAAUUAUGAAUAAUUAUGAUUGGUGGAAGGAAAUGAAGGUUUUGGAGUUCUUAAGGGAGGUGGGGAGAUACGCAAGAGUCGGGACCAUGCUCGCAAAAGAGAGUGUAAAGGCUCGGCUCUCGUCGGAAGAAGGAAUGAGCUUUACAGAGCUCACAUAUCAGCUUUUGCAAGGUUAUGAUUUUCUCUAUCUUUUUAAGAAUGAGGAGGUUUCGGUACAAAUUGGGGGCAGUGAUCAAUGGGGGAACAUAACGGCUGGUACUGAAUUGAUUAGGAAAAUUCUUCGCGCUGAAGGGGCAUAUGGGUUAACUUUUCCUCUGCUUUUGAAGAGUGAUGGUACAAAAUUUGGAAAAUCGGAAGGUGGGGCGAUAUGGCUCUCGAGCUCCAUGUUGUCCCCAUAUCAAUUUUACCAGUAUUUCUUCUCUGUCCCUGAUGCUGAUGUGAUUAACUUCUUGAAAAUUCUCACCUUUUUGAGUUUGGAAGAAAUUGCGGAGUUGGAGAAAGGGAUGAGUGGACCGGGCUAUGAGCCCAAUUCAGUUCAACGAAGGUUAGCAGAAGAGGUCACAAGGUUUGUUCAUGGGAAGGAUGGGUUAUUAGAGGCAGUGAAGGCUACAGAGGCCUUGAAACCUGGUUCAGAGGCAAAGUUAGAUUCUAAAAUUAUUGAAGAAAUUGGGGCUGAUGUUCCAUCCUGUUGUUUGGAUUAUCACGAGGUUCUGAACCGAUCUUUGGUGGACCUCUCAGUUGCUUCAGGUUUGUUAGAGAGCAAAUCAGCGGCCCGUCGCCUAAUGAAGCAAGGUGGGCUUUACUUGAAUAACAAGAGGGUGAAUGGUGAAGACAUAUUGGUAGAGGAGGAGGACAUAGUGGACGGGAAGGUGCUUUUGUUAUCGGCUGGAAAAAAAAAUAAGAUGGUGAUCAAGAUAAUUGAUAAUUGAUAUUAUUUAGUUGUCCAAGGAAAAUAGUUGGCUUUUGCAUGGUCUCAUGCAAACAAUUAUGCAAUUCUUUGAUGAGUUGAUGUUUCUUUGAGAAUUUUGUUCUUUCUUUUGAGUGGUGAAGGAGGUAUGCAAAUUUGUAACUUAGGGUGCAGGACUCAGGACCCUAAACAAUUAGAUACUAAGAAGCUACAACCCAGUAACAAUGGGCUUCUGGAAAAGAAUUUCUCAUUUAUUA